AUGGUGUACAACAAGUCUUUUGCUCAUCAAGUCUUGCGAGAGCAUAUAGAAAAGACUUAUGCGAGGAUCAAUUUCCGUGAAUCAUGGAGGAACUUACCCGAACUUCCAUCUAGUGAAGAAAUCCUUCAGGAUGUAUCAUGGCAAGACACGGAAGCUCCAGAGGAGCCGUUAGAUUAUCAAAAGCUUGCUGAACCCAAGGAAUUCGACCCUCGUCUGCCCCACAACAACAUCGAUGGAGCUUGGGACUCCAAGGAGGAUUAUCUUGGUUUUCAUUACCAAAUUCUACGUGAAGAUGCAGUUGCUCCUCUUCGCCAAUCUGUCGCGGAAUUUAAGAGAAAUAAUGAAAUGGAAGAUACACAAGAUACUUCAAUUUAUACUGAUGUCCACCUUGUGGGUAUACAAUUGUGUCAUCUCGGUCCGGCAUUCCGAAUCGAAUUCUCAAGCGAUAGAGCUGGAAAACGGAUUCGGUGGGAGCAGUCGAGCCGGCUCACGCAGGGCAGCCUGGUCUGCUUGAGUCCAACUAGCGACAUGUUUCGUACUGUUUGCAAAGUUGGUACUGUUGCAGCUCGGCCUAUAGAAGGUGGUCUAGAUCGUGACCCUCCACAAGUUGACCUUUUCUUUGGUGACGAUGAAGAUAUAAUCUUGAAUCCAGUGGAUUCAUAUGUCAUGAUACAGGCUCGUGUCGGAUUUUUUGAAGCUUACCGCCAUGUGCUUGUAGCACUUCAAAAACUGACCACUGAAGAAUCACCAUAUAUUGAAAAGUAUCUGAUUCAACUAGACAAGAAUAUUUUACCACCUGAUCAUAUCAAGGAAAGACCUUAUCUUGACCUUCGCUCGAUUGCUAUAUCGAGUAAUGAACAUCUUUCUGCUCUCACUGACGAAGAAGAGGAAAAUCUAUGCCAUGUUGACGUUUUGAAAGAGUUUCCAAAUCUUCCCAAAUCAGGAAUGGAUGAUUCUCAGCUCGCGGCUUGCAAGCGCAUGCUCACUCAGAGUUUAGCAAUAGUACAGGGUCCACCAGGUACUGGUAAGACAUUUACUUCCAUUCAAGCCCUGAAGGUUAUGCUGUGCAACAGAAGAGAUGGACCGAUCAUUGUCGCUGCACAGACUAAUCAUGCUCUUGACCAAUUGCUCACCCACAUUUCCGGCUUCGAAGAUAAUUUCGUGCGUCUUGGAAGUAGAUGUGAUAAGGGGAAUGCUACCAUACUAGCACGAACUUUGUAUGAGCUGCGUCAGACGAAUAAAGAUAUGAAAGCUAGACAUUUCACUGGCUACAGAUCGGCUGCCAAUGCACACGACGCUAUGGUUCUCUCAAUCGAGAAAUUACUUUCUGAUAUCACUGAGGAAGAUCUUCUAUCAGGCAGAGUUCUGCUGGAAUGCAAUAUAUUGAGUCAGGAACAUUUUGACUCUUUUUUCGAACCUGGCUGGUCAAGCUCACUAGAUGAGGGUGAUGAGAGUAUCGACCCUCUCCUAUCUUUGCGUAUGCCGAGGACACCAGGAAUCAACAGGAAUCUCGAGAUAGAGGACCCCGAUCAGGAGUUCGAACAACUACAAGAAGUUGAAGUUGAAGUCCAAGCAAAAGAAAACAAGGAGUCUCUUAGCGGAACAUGGAUUCCAUUGAGGCGUGGCUAUACGGGCAAAGUUAAGAGCCGCCGAUUCAAGGGCAAAAACGACCCUAGAAAUAUACUCGCCAAAACUGAAAGUCUCUUUGACAUACCAGAAAAGUAUCGUGGUGCCGUUUAUUGCUACUGGGAAAAGCUUUACUAUGAUCAACUUACACGUAAGCUUAGUGAGAAAUUGGCUACGUACCAAAACUCGAUGAGAUCUUUAAAGAUGGCAAAGUGGACGCGCGAUGUCGAAUUCAUUGAUCAUAUUGGCACUAAGGUUAUUGGAUGUACAACAACUGGUUUGUCGAAAUAUAGGGGACUACUAUCCGCUCUGAAUCCCAGCAUCCUACUCAUUGAAGAAGCGGCAGAAACUUUAGAAGCAAACGUGACAGCAAGCAUUAUACCAUCGCUGGAGCAAGUUAUACUUGUAGGGGAUCAUCGUCAACUCACGGCAAAUACAACACUCGACCGCUUUAUGUCGCACCCGUAUUUUAUGUCAAUAUCCUUAUUUGAGAGACUUGUGAAUAAUGGUAUGGGCUACACAAUGUUGAACAAGCAACGUCGUAUGAUCCCAGAGGUCAGAGAGCUUCUAUGUAUUGACCCGGAGCCAUUCUACGUCAAUCUUCAUGACCACCCUAAUGUUCUCGACCGAGUCAACCAUCGGCCCCCGGUUCCUGGCAUGAGAUUUGAUUCAUUCUUCUUCUCUCACAGAUGGCAGGAGCGAAGAGAUGUCAACAUGAGUUGUUACAAUGCACCGGAAGCUGAAAUGGUUGCUGGGCUCUUCAAUUACUUAGUCAUCAAUGGUAUUAAGCCAGACAAAAUCACUGUAUUGACGUAUUACAACGGUCAACGAAAAUUACUCCUUAAGGAGCUUAGUCGACGUGUUACAAGCGUCAUAGCGCCAUACUUUAAGGUAUACACCGUUGAUGCAUAUCAAGGCGAGGAGAAUGAAGUCAUCUUGCUAUCUUUAGUAAGAGGUAAUCCUUUCAAUUCGGUAGGAUUUUUACGGAGCAAGAAUCGUGUAGUUGUGGCCUUGUCCCGUGCACAACGAGGUCUUUAUAUCUUUGGAAAUGCACUUACUGUUGCUGGACAAGAAGGUGAAAAUGGUUGUCGAGAGAAGUUAUGGAUACCAAUUCUCUUGCAUCUGUUAGAUGAGGAAAGAUUUGCGUCUAAUCUGCCUAUUUCCACUUCAGACCAAUCAAAUGGUGAAAAGCCGUAUUAUAAAUUUGUAUCAUCACCUCAAAAGCGAGAAUUGUCACCAGAAAAGGGCCGUCAUGCUUGGGAUACCUGGGAUCCGGUUCGCUCAGACAAUGAGAUUAACCAAGAACGUCUUGAACGGGAAAUGUUAGCCAGCGAGAGUAACCCCAAUCCGGAGGACUUGGUCUUUGAAGAGACUCAUAAGCCAGUUACGUUUGUUAAUGGAAAGAGAGUUGUUGGUCCUAGAAUCCAAAAUAUCAUUCCUCGUAUACAAAGCAGUAAUGCUAUUUCUGGUAACGAAAAUGAGAAUCCUAGCAGUGGAAAUGAGAUUCUUGGUAACGAUAAUGCGAUUACUCUCGGAAAUAAUGGGAUUUCUAGCUCCGCUAACAGUGUCAUUCCUAACAACGAUGAAGUACCAAACCACAUCAGGAAGGUUAUACAUACUACCAACGGAGUCACUUCCAGUAGCGACGUUACUAGCAGUAGCAAUGGAAUUGGUUCUAGCAGUAAUGGGGCUGUUACCAACAAUGGAAUUACUGCUCCUCAAGGAUCGGGAGGCGAAAUGCUUAAUUUUACGAAUGAUGAUUUUGUCUUUUUGGAGGGCCUUUUAAAAUAUGAAGAAGUGGAAGGAGUAGUAGAUAUAGUAGGAAUAAUUACUACUAGGUAA